AUGCCCGGCCUAAAGAGUGGUUGGGCAAACAAGGGAAGCAACGGGAGAUAUGAGCAGUAUUCGUCCGAGGCAUACUUCCUCCCUGCAAAAAAGGACACUACAACAACACAGCCACUACAAGAAAAGUCACAGAAUCGAGCGGUGGUUUAUCCUGUGGAGCAAAGUAUCUCCGUGGUAAAUUCUGCUGUCAAUAACAUACCGCGCACGUCGGUGUAUCCAGAGGGUACCCCUAACGCUUCUGCAGGCCAAUACUCUGAUGCAGAUGACACUAGCCAACGCCGCCCAGUGGAAUCAGUCCGAAAGCGGGUGACAAGUUCUCCAUCCCAGCAUCUACCAGUGGUGAGUUCGGGGUCUGGAGCUAAUGCUGGAGCAGGGCAGCAGCGCAGGGAGCAGUCUACAUAUCAACCGAACGAACAGGGUUCAUCGUGUAGACCAACAAACGAUAACCGCGACUGGCGUGUUGGCAAACCAGGAGUGCUGAUGUCCACUGCCAAUGCAAAUGCCACAGGAGGAGCCAUCGAGUGCGCACCAUUAUCCAGGAUACCUGAAUUGGAGAUAAGUCUCGAUGAAUCAAGCCAUGGGCGUUCCCGAUCUUCAGAUUCUUCCCAGUCACCAGCCAUGAGGACAGGCACGGGAAGUCCCUCGCCACAGGGAGAGGCAACAACAAGCACACCUAAGAAAGCAAACUCAUGGAGCUCUCCUAAAAGGAGUCUAGCGGAAAAUGAAGAGACUAGGGUGGUUUCUAGCGCUGCAUAUGGCAGAACAACAAAUGCUUCUUUGUCACAAGAACCGGAAGAGAACAGCUUUGAGCUUUCCAGAGACUUGGAUUACUACAGAAUUCAGUAUAAUGAGGUUCCAUCAGUGGACGUCAUGGCUGAAAACCGUGUACCGCAACACAGAACCAUGAAUAACUCUGGAGCCAGGGAGACAAGUGACAGGGAGGCAUCUCCAGAAAGAGAAAGGCCCAGGGAGAGCAAUCUGUACAAUCCCCUUGUUAUCACACUUUCAGUUGCUGUUGUUUGCCUUUCUUUAUACAUAUGGCUCAAACUCAAAAACUAAGACUUUAAAGGAACACUCCACUUUUACCUUCUUUUCCCAUAAUGCCA